AUGAAAGAAGAGCCGGACCGAAAGGGCUGCAGCCGGGCAGGUGGAGAGGGGAGAAAGCAAGGAUUUUCAGCUGGCUGCCGAGAAUUAAGCUUGACUUACCCCAAAUGGUUUUCCUACGUGGCUUUCGGAAAAGAUUUAUGCUGUGACUGUUUACUUUAUGGCCUUGUAGAUAAAAAUCAGAUUAUCCGGGGCCGCACUCGACCCAGAGAGACUCUCACAAUCACUGGCAUCUUCCCCCGACCUGAAACUUUAUGCAGCAAUCACUGUUUUUACCGGAGAAUCCAGGUCUUCGCACCAGGCGACACUGCUUUCCUGAUGAUCAGGAAAUUCCCACUAACAAACCCAGAAAAGGGAUUCCAUGUCUGUCCUCCCCCGGAUUGUACACCCUCAUGCUGGCCAUUGGACUACUACCGUCUGUGUGUGGUAGUAAAUGUGUUUCAUGGACUUGACAAUAUGGAUGAAUCGAAGAUAAAUACUGAGAUUCCUGGUGCUAAAGACGACCUCCUAGAUGACACCAAUUUCAUCUCAGGAGAAGAGAGUGAGGCUCUGAAACCCCAAGAGUGUCAAACGUCAUUUCAGAAAAACAAUACGUUGACUCUCCCCGAAGAGCUCUCAAGGGAGAGAUCUGAAAAAGCCUUAAGCGGAGGCCAGUCUACUCUAUUUCUCCAUGCUGGUGCUCCUACCGUUUGUAGUGAAAACUUUAUCUUGCCUAAAGGGACUGCCGUUAAUGGACCAGUUUCACACUCCUCCUUAACUAAGGCUUCCAUUAUGAACAAAGGCAGCGUUUCAUUAACCACCGGCCAGCCUGUGGGUCAGCAGACAACAGAUUCCUGUUCAACUCUGAAGGUGGUGCACGAACUCCAGCCUCCCGCAAAGUCGACUCCACCGAAACCAAGCCAACCCCAACUUUUGUUUUUGUUACCUGAUGUAGCACAUGCUAAGAAUCUGACUCAUUCCAUUCAAAAACUACCUACCUCUGCUUCAGUGGGUUGCGAGACACGAAAAUCAAUGGGGAAUAGCGUAAAGUCAGAUAGCACUUUAAUAAACGAAGGAGAAGUGUGCGAGGAUAGUGCAGGUUUAUUAGCGAAAGACGACUGUGGCAAAACGUUAACGGAAAUCUCCUCAGGUACAGAUGACUUCAGAUCGGGAAACGAUGCCAACUGGGAUCCCCAGAAGGAGUUCAUACAGUUCCUUAUGAACAACGAAGAAACGGUGGAAAAGUCUCCGCUUCACUGUAAAGUCGGCCUAGAGAAAAAGAGAAAACGGAAGAUGGACGUGAGCAAGAUAACUCGCUACACCGAGGACUGUUUUAGCGAUUCAAAUUACACAGCCGGUAAAUCCAAGUUGCUCAAUGUGGAAUUCCUGGAGCAGAGCGAAGAGCUCCAGAUCCUAGAACCGCCAAAAUACGCGCUGUCGAACAUUAAGCCCGAAUCGACAGACGAGGAGCUGGAGGCUGUGGAUGCCAUCCAGCAGCUGAUCUACAGCCCAGCAAAAUGUGGAGAAGACAGUUCACCCGUUCACACCAGCACUUUUCUUUCUAAUACUCUGAAAAAGAAAUGUGAAGACAAUGAUUCGGAAUCCCCUGCCACUUUCAGUACCGAAGAGCCAUCGUUUUACCCCUGUACCAAGUGCAAUGUGAAUUUUCGGGAGAAGAAACACCUCCAUCGGCAUAUGAUGUAUCAUCUAGACGGGAACAGUCACUUCCGCCACCUCAACGUCCCGAGGCCGUACGCCUGCCGCGAAUGUGGGCGGACGUUUCGAGAUCGCAAUUCGCUGCUCAAGCACAUGAUCAUUCAUCAGGAAAGGCGGCAGAAGCUGAUGGAGGAAAUUCGGGAGUUGAAAGAACUCCAGGAUGAAGGGAGGAGUGCCCGACUGCAGUGUCCCCAGUGCGUGUUUGGCACCAAUUGCCCCAAAACCUUCGUGCAGCACGCGAAGACCCACGAGAAGGACAAAAGGUACUACUGUUGUGAGGAGUGUAACUUCAUGGCGGUGACGGAAAACGAACUGGAAUGCCAUCGAGGCAUUGCCCACGGAGCGGUAGUGAAGUGCUCGAUCAUUAAUGCCGAUAUGCCCCAGAGGAAAGCGCAGAAAAAGGCAUCCAUGAAAGACCCUUUCAUCAGUUCGUCCAAAAAGUCAUCUACGUACAUGUGCAAGUUGUGUCCUUUCACCACGUCGACGAGAAGUAUUCUGAAGAAACACAUGGAGUACUUGCACCCGACCUCGUGCAUCAACCCCUUUGGCAGUCAUCUGAGGCUGGAAAAAAGAAAGGGCGAAAUCCUCGACGAACCCGUAGAUUUGGGGAGGACGAAACCGUUACAUAAGCAGCAGUCAUCUACGUUUCCAAAGAACUCCGUUUUAAAGCAAGAUGUGAAACGGACAUUUGGGUCAGCAUCUCAAUCAAGUCAUUUUUCCAAAGUCCACAAGAGGCCACACAGAAUACAGAAGGCUCGGAAAAGCAUCUCUCAGUCGGGUGUAAACGUGUGCAAUCAAAACAGUUCUCCUCACAAGACUGCGCUCCUUAAAAACAGCAUUGACCAAAAACCCAGAUACUUCCAUCAGGCAGCAAAGCAAAAGUCUAGUGUCAAAACAAACAGCAAUUACUUAUACAGACACAAAUACGAGAACUACAGGACGAUUAAGAAAUCAAGCGAUCCGUAUCCUUUGCAUUUUAAGAAGGAGGAGACGGGUCCGCUAAGUUCUUUGCAUCUGUUUUCGUCGUCUAGUAGUUCCCACAAUAACUGUUUCAUCAUGGAUUCUCAUAACCUUGACUCAAAGAGGCCAGAAGGGUUUAAAGACAAUAGACGUGUGGCUGUGAAAAGAGUAGGGAAAGAGUCCAAGAGGGAAAGUUCUGGUGCAGCAGAGGAUUUGGACUGCUAUCCAGAUUUUCUGCACAAGAUGACUGUCGUUGUCCUGCAGAAACUCAAUUCUGCAGAAAAAAAAGAUAGCUAUGAGACAGAGGACGAAAGUUCCUGGGAUAAUGUUGAACUCUGUGACUAUUCUGCCCAAUCCAUAGAAGAGGAAGCUUAUGGUGAGCUCAACCAGGAGCAUGUCAACUUGUUCCCACUGUUUAAAAGUAAAGUGGAGGACCAAGAAGCUGGAGAGAAUGCCCCGCUUAGUUAUGAGCAGAAUGACGGGUUUUAUUUUGAAUAUUACGAAGAUGCUGAAACAAGCAAUUUUUUGCAUGAGAUACACGAUCCUCAGCAUCUAGAAAAUGCCGAAACGGCAUUGCCAAAGCAUAACUCAGUUUUCCAUUGGACUGACUUGUCUCUAGAGAAAAAAUCUUGCCCUUACUGUCCGGCCACGUUUGAGACAGGCGUCGGCUUGUCUAAUCACGUCCGAGGACACCUGCACCGAGCCGGAUUAAGCUACGAAGCCCGCCACGUUGUCUCUCCGGAGCAGAUAGCAACAAGUGACAAAAUGCAACACUUCAAAAGGACCGGCACGGGGACACCGGUUAAACGAGUUAGAAAAGCUGUAGAGAAAUCGGAAACGGCUUCUGAACAUACGUGUCAACUCUGUGGAGGCUGGUUUGACACAAAAAUCGGAUUAUCAAAUCACGUUCGAGGACACCUGAAAAGACUUGGCAAAACCAAGUGGGACGCUCAUAAAUCGCCAAUCUGUGUCCUCAACGAAAUGAUGCAGAAUGAAGAGAAAUACGAGAAAAUCUUGAAGGCGCUGAACAGUCGCCGUAUUAUUCCCAGACCAUUUGUAGCUCAGAAACUUGCAUCAAGUGAUGACUUUUUAUCCCAAAAUGUUUUACCUCUUGAAGCAUACCGUAAUGGCCUAAAGACUGAAGCUGUGUCUGUGUCUGCAUCAGAGGAAGAAGGGCUGAGUUUCCUAAAUGAAUGUGAUGAAACAAAACAAGAACUACCCACUGAAAAAAAAAGUCAGUCUCUUACACUGAUUGAACUGCUCAAAAAUAAAAGGUUAGAAGAGAGGAAUGCCGAUAUUUCUCCUCAAAAGAUCCAUAAUCAAACCGCACGAAAGAGAUUUGUUCAAAAAUGUGUUCUUCCAUUAAAUGAAGACAGUCCAUUGAUGUAUCAACCGCAAAAAAUGGACUUGACUAUGCAGUCAGGUAUGCCUGUGAAGCUUAGAACAUGUGUGCAUUGCAAUACGACGUUUACAAGUGCUGUUAGCCUGUCCAACCACUUACGCGCUUAUGCACGAAAGAAGAGUGCUGGACUUUUGACUGGUACAGCCUUAGAUUGUAAGCAAAAGAAAUCACGGUCAAGAUCUGGAAGCAAGAAAAAAGUGCUACCAUUACCUCAUAGCGCUGACGAGGUUUACAUUCUCCGAUGCAGGUUUUGUGGCCUGGUCUUUCGAGGACCCUUGUCUGUUCAGGAAGACUGGAUAAAGCACUUACAGCGACAUAUUGUCAACGCUAAUCUUCCACGGACUGGAGCUGGCAUGGUGGAAGUCACAUCACUACUUAAAAAGCCUGCCUCGAUCACCGAAACGUCGUUUUCUUUAUUGGUGGCUGAAGCAGCGUCGUAGAACAAGGCAUCUUUUAAAUAAAUUUGAAUUGGAUGUACAUUUGAAAUACUCUGUCCUUUUUUAAAGUUGCUAACGUUAAAUUAUCUGUUUAUAAAUCCUAAAGGAGGAAAAUGGGGAAAGCGAAUUACGGUGACAUCGAAGCAAAUUGAGUACUUAAAAAGUUGCAGUGAGUAGUCUUUAUAUUUUAUAUCGGGUGGAAGAUGUGUUUUUAAGGUUUACUAAGUUUCUGUCAGUUGCUGUGUUCACUAUCGGUAAGAGAUCAUUACACGCAAGCAGCCGUUUUUAAAUCGUUGCACAUGGGUACUUACAGGCAGACUUUAUUGGAAAAAGAUGCCCUCUGCAGUGUUACCAGACCCCGGCUCUGUUCCAAAAAAAUAAAGAGAGAGAAAGAGGGAGAGAGACUUGCAUAGUAAAAUAAGAUAUUAUAUUUUGUUUGUAUGUAUGUAGUGUUUUGUACAAUACCAGAAACUGCUAACUAAAUCUACUCAGUUUAGGGCAUUAAAUACGUACUUCAUAGUUCAAGAGACUGUUCAUUCAAAUAGGGCAACGAGUACUAUUCUAUCUCGAUGUGUCAGUGUUUUUUUUAAAAUCACAUGGAAAAGGUUUUUUUUGUACUAAAAAGUGGAGGGAGAUUUGUUUAAACAGAUAUUUCUAAAAGAAAUAUGUACAUAGUUACUGGAAAUUAUUUGUGAGAAGGAAAUAUUCUUUACUCCAGUUGCAUUUCUCAGACAAUAAAGUGGUGCGUUCAUGCUACCUC